AUGGCCAUCUACACACUGGUGUCUCUCUGGCCACAGAUUCUUGCCCACAUCACAGCGUUGUGCGAUGCAAAGAGGGAAGAAACAGCAUGCAUGUCGCAACCAUCCCCUACACUGGAAAUUCACAUUGUCCCAUACAAUGACAUAUUGUGGACUCAUAUGAUCCCGGUGAGGGAUGAUGAAGCAGAGUCCCAGAGAAAGGCCAAAUCAAGACAGGCCAGACAGACCCGCAGAGCUACACAGGGAAUUACCCUUUCAGAGUUGAUGGAAGCAAAGAAAACCUUCAGCCCAAAGCUGGACAUUCAGUCAGGUGAAGUGUGCAGAUCUACUGAGGGUUUGUGUCUUCAGAGAAGAGUUCAUGAGGAGGACCAACUGUCUGAAGAACACACAAGCCACGAGUCCACCAAUGAACACCUGGAUGAGCAAGGAAACUGGAAAAGAAGAUCAGCAAAUAAAUCUGAGAGAUCUUCAUUUUGCAUCUCAUCAAUCAGAGGAGCCUGCGGUUUCACUCCCAGCCUGAACAAUCACAAGACUUUAAAAGAGUCUGAAAGCACAGAUGAAAAUGAGAACAUUGUUUAUGGCUCAUCUGAUGCGCAGCGACUGACAGAUGACAGUGAUUUCAGUGCAGACGUGACCUGCUUUCUUACUGAGAUCACCCAAAGCAGUGAUCUCUUCGUCAUCACAUGUAAACAGGAUCAGACAGAGGUGAGCUUGAAGAAGCUAUCCUGUUACCCUUACCGUACCCCCGAAUGCUCCAUGCUUUAG